GUAGAAGACCACAACCCUAUUGAACCAAAAAAACAAAAUACAAAAAAUCAUAACAAGCUUCCCUGUUUGAGAAAAACUCUUUUCCCUUAAAAAAGCAAGAAAAUUUGAAGGAAAAUGUCUCAGCCACCUCAAUCUUCUUCUACUUCAAAUAUUCAAGAUCCAUUAAAACUCUUGACAGUACAUUACUACGUCCCAUUAUUUCCUAACACCAAAAUCACUAAUAUUUUCACAAUUUUCAUGAAGGGUUUUCUUGCAAUUUGCUUAUUUGCUUCCAUUUCUCUAAUUUCCUUCACUGCUUUCUCUAAUCGGUCCAAAUGGUUUAGCUGUUCAGAUUGUGCUGAACAUGAGAAACUACUUUCGCCACAACAUUCCUAUGCUUAUACUUCUGCCGUUACAAUUAGUAACAAAGAAAAAAAUAUCAAAGAAGAAGAAAUUACAAACAUAACCCAUAUUUUAUUUGGCAUUGGAGGGUCCGCAAAGACUUGGAAUAAUCGUAAAAGUUAUUCCGAACUAUGGUGGGAGCCAAACGUGACUCGAGGGUUCGUUUGGCUCGAUGAAAAUCCUCAAGAAAACGAGUCGUGGCCUGACACUUCACCACCCUAUAAGGUCUCAGAGGAUACGUCGUCGUUUAAGUACACGUGUUGGUUUGGUGACAGGUCAGCAGUGAGAAUUGCGAGGAUUGUGAAAGAGAGUUUUGAAUUGGGAUUGGAGAAUGUAAGAUGGUUUGUUAUGGGGGAUGAUGAUACAAUAUUUUUUACAGAGAAUUUGGUGACGGUUUUAGGUAAAUAUGAUCAUAAUCAAAUGUAUUAUAUUGGUGGGAAUUCAGAAAGUGUGGAACAAGAUUUAGUGCAUUCUUAUGGUAUGGCUUAUGGGGGUGGUGGAAUUGCAAUUAGUUAUCCUCUUGCAGAAGUGCUAGUGAAAAUUUUAGAUGGUUGUAUUAAUAGAUAUCAUGAUGUCUAUGGUUCUGAUCAGAAAAUUGGUGGUUGUAUGUCUGAAAUUGGCAUUCCUCUCACCAAAGAACUUGGCUUCCAUCAGAUGGAUAUACAAGGAAGUCCUCGCGGGCUUUUGGCAGCACAUCCAUUGACACCAAUUGUAUCACUGCACCAUAUAGGCGUUAUACAUUCUCUAAUUCCAUUAAUGGAUCGAGUUGAUUCAGUGAAGAAGGUGAUUGAGGCUUACAAAAAAGACCCUAGUCGAACAAUGCAACAAAGUUUCUGUUACGAUCUGAAUAAAAAUUGGUCAGUAUCAAUGUCAUGGGGAUAUUCAAUUCAGUUAUAUCCAAAUUUAAUGAAUGCUAAAGAAUUGGAGACACCAAUGAGGACGUUUGAAACAUGGAAAGGGUUUGAAGAGCCAUUUACGUUUAAUACUAGGCCAAAUUAUAUAGAACCAUGUCAAAGGCCAAUAGAGUAUUAUUUGGAUCAAGUUAUUGAGCUUGAAAAUGGAGAAACUUUGACAAGUUACAAGAGAAUUGGUGAUUAUAACAGGCAAUGUGAGAAUGAAAAUUAUGCACCAGCAUUAGCAGUUCAAAUGGUUAAUGUCACGUCUGCAAUUUUAUCUCCCCAAGUAUGGAGACAGGCACCACAUAGGCAAUGCUGCGAGGUUAUGAAUGGUGAAGAUAGUAUUGAAACUGUCCUACAAAUCAGAAUUAGAAGCUGCAAUAAAUGGGAAUCAGUAACUCAGCCCUUUUGACUACGACGAACAUUAACCGACUACGGCAAAUGGAAUUGAAACCUUGCUAACCAAAUUGUAUAGUACUGUAUGCCAUGUUGUUCGAGCUCUUCAAAAUACAGAUGAACCCGUAUUGGAUCGAUCCAUCAAAAAUAUAUUAUUUUUGGAGAAUUUGGCGCGCACUCGAAGAUAUUUUUGAAGAGUCCGAGCACAUAGCUAUUAUAUAUCCUCAAUUAUUCUUUCCUCCCCACCUUUUUUUAUAAAAGAUAUAUGCUGGCAUAUAAUUCUCCUUUGUAACUGAUGAUAGUUAUUGGAAAAGAAAAUUUUUCUGUGA